CUAGUUGCGUGUAUUACUGGUUGCAUGCCAAUAAACCGCGGUAUUUUUUAAAUAUGAAUUUUGAACGACGUAAUCAUUUUUGACGGUUCAAUUCGCAAAAUCCCACCAUGAGCCACAACAUGAGCAUCCCCCCGGACCCCGAGGAGCAGCAAAUCGACUUUAACAUGUCCCCCAUUAAGAAGGAGCAACUGAAGCGGCAAAAAAAGCGCGCCCUUCAGCAAAAGCUCCGUGACGAGCUUCCCGUCCUCACCCUUCAAGAAAUCCGGCGUUUCCGUUUGCCCUUCCACGAAGCCCUUUUGGCAGAACUCACCGAAAGUGGCUACACUAGUACGGCCGAAUUUAUUAAACAGCUCUUAGAUUUACAAGAGAAAACUCGCAAGAAAGCCGGGCCUGGCACCCACAUUUGGCUGCGGCCGCAACUUAUCAACUCCAGGCAAAACUUGGAUUUGUUAACCCAGUAUUUGACAAAGGCCGAAAGGGCCCAUAAUGCCGAGGAUUUUGCUACGGAAUGGGAGCAAAUGCUUCAUCUGGCGGCGCAUUACGCUUUCGGGCCCGAUGACUGGUGGUGGUUGGGGGAGCAGCUCCUGUUCCAGUGCGUCUCAAUGGAAUAUCCCGGGGAUUUUCAGAAGCAAGAAGCUAUUGCUUAUUUCAUAAUCGGGAAGUAUUUGGUCGAAAAUGGGAAAAAGGCAGAGGCUGGGAAAAAUUAUCUCGAGUUGGCGAGGGAAAUGUCGCAAGGCAAGUCUUGGAACUGUACCAAGAUACUAAAUAAGAAACAAGAUAUAGUCUUUAUUGAGUCGUGCCGGAUUCUUUAUAAAUCUUUAAUGGAGGAAGCUCAAAUUUUGAUGAAAAGUGACCCAGCCAAAGCGGCGGAAAUUUGCAAUAUCGCGCGGAAACGAGCGUCAGAAGCUUGCGAACACAAGUGGGAAUACACAGCUUUGAUUAUUAGGGGCCGCUGCGAAGUCUUACUAAACAUGACUUCGGACGCUAUUGCCACAAUUACGAAGGCUUUGAACCGGGCUGUGCGACGCAAGGACGUGCUGGGGAUUUGCGACGCCAAAAUUUCAAUGGCACUUGCAUAUUUACAACACGGUAAGGCCUUCGAGUCGCUUGAAUGCCUCAAAGAGUUGAAACAAAUGGCUGAGGAGAACGAUUUGCCGUUUUACACGGCUCAAGCCUACCGUUACAUGGGGGAGUACUAUUUAAACCAGCAGCAGCCCUACGAAGCGACCCCUCUCCUAAUGUUGGCUUUUUACAUUUUUAAUGACAUUAAAGACUUGGAACGGAGGGAGAAAGUCCGGACUUGGUCAGCUAUAUCAGCCGGCGAAGAAUUAUUCCCGGCUUUCAUUCGUUUGAUUAAAAAGUGCGACGGUGGUGACGAAGGCCACGAAAACAUCAUGAAACUGAUCAAAUGGAUUGAUGAGAAGGAGUUUUUCUGGACGCAGCAGAGCAAGUUUUCCUUCUCAUACACGUCAUUACAACAGAGCGUUUUCGAGUUAAGUUCGGACGAGGAAGUUUCAUAAUAAAAUCGUGUUUUAUUGUUACCAUUAAUGUUAAUCAUUUAUUCAAAAUAAACUAACGUCUAUUCUCCAGCUUUUCGUCCAAAUUCGUGCAAACGACCAAUCUUAAAAGUUGGAGAAUAGCUACGUCACUAAAGUAAAAA